UUAAAAUUAAUGCGGAAACUCCGCGCUUGCGAAUGUGAAUGCGAAUAUUCGCAUCAACCCUGGUUCAUAUAUAGAUACGUACACAUAAAGUGUCUAAUAAUAAAAAGAUAUGGGAUUAUUGGCUCUGGAAAAGUAGUUAGAAUGUGAAAAUUAAUUAUGCAUCAUAAAUUUAUUCUUUGAAGAUCUCUGUUGUAUAUUGGAAAAUAUUUACAUAUUUUCUUCUACGACAACAUGCAUUGCGUAUGGACAACCUCAAAGAUCUAGGGGCACGGUUUAAUGUUAACCGAUUUCCAAAUUAAAAAAUACGAAAAACCCUCUUUACUAUUCUGCCUAUUCACGUUAAAAGCGUAAUUUCGACGAAAUAGAGAUUAAUCCUCCACAGUACUUAUUUAGUUGCAUACCCUACAGGGUGUAUUCGACCGUUCCACAUACAGACCUACUCAUGUACACAAAUACCUUUGCAUUCAGGUAGGUACAAAAACUAUUUUUUGAAAAGAAAAAUAAGGGCAGAAAUGAAUGGGCAAAUUAAAAAUUCGAGAGAUUAAACACAGCAUCCACCUUAGUCAUAUUCAUCACUGUCAGUCUAAAAUAAUCUGUCGAGGCUCAAAGUAGUGAACUGAAGUAUUUUCGUAUUUUAGAUUUCGACAUUUUGAAGUUAGUAAGGCGAAAAAAUGAGUCGGCGUGUUUCUUUUGUGUCAGAUAACCAUCAUAAAGAAAACAUGUAUAGCAACAUAUCGUCUGCUCGUGGCUCUGCGGUGAUAAUGCAUAGACUUUCCAUUUACAUUCCACAUUUAAUUUCUCCAAUGAAUGAGCCCAAAAAGCUUAUCGUUGAAAUCAACAGUCACGUGGCUUUAUUUCGUGAUAUGUUAACGCAAAUUGGUAUGUCGAAGGAUUGCCCUGAGAUGCGUGAAAAGAUACGAAAAUUGCGUCGCAACUGCGUCGAAGCUUGCAAGCAUACAGCGCGAAUAAUAUUGCCGCAAGUCAGAAGUUCGACGGCUGACGGUAUGCUGGCUGAUAAUCCGCACUUUGUCUUAUUGUUUUACUUAGCGAAGCUGUUUUUACGUGAGCUGCUAAAAAGUUACCGCCUGGUUCAAGUAGUGCCAAUGGAUAUGUCCGAUUACUACGAAAAUCGUGCUGGACCUUCAAAUCUGGGAAAUGUAAUGAGUAAAAUUUUGCUCUGCAAACAAAUAACACCCGACUUCAAUCAGGAAGAGUUGUAUAGUAUUACAAAGGACUCGCAAGAAAUCGCAAGGCUGCUUACUGAAAUGCAGGAAUACAUGCCACAGAAUAAAGCAUAUAUUGAACGUAAUGCCGCACUAGGCUCCAAUGGAUUGUGCCCUUUCAAGCGAAGGCGAAGUGCCAUUUACAAAAACAUCAGCUUACUCUGUUGCGUGUCAAGACCGAGUUACUUAUGAAGAAAAACAGGAUCGAAG